CAGAAAUCAAUAUCAAAUUUACUGCUGCUACGGUCUAUUCUGAAACCCCAAAACUGAUAUAUGAAAAAUUUGAGAGCAGAUCGCAGAGGAGAAUGUCGAUGGAGACAAACUCGUGGUCAGCUUCUUGUUUUGCCGCCGGGUUUGCUGAGUCGACUCAUCUCCGAUGUGUUCUGGAUCGUCGAUUCUUUGUCCCUCGUCUCCGACACCAUCUUUUUGGCGUGUUUGAGUCAUGGGAUCAGUCAAUUGAAAGCGGAAAACAAUCAGAGGAAUAAGUUCUUAAUGCUGUUAAAUCAAAUUGAAGUAGUUAUGGUUAAUUAGUUGAAGAACUUUGAUAAUAAUGGCUAAAAGAUGAUAAAUUAGGGUAGUUUUGUGUUGUAUUCGGGCCUGUUGGAUCGUUUAGCUACUAGAUUACAAGAUUUAGUUGACUGAAUGACUUAUUUGCAAGAUUUUUGAGUUGAAUGACCCAUUUGCAAGUUAGUGUUGACCGUUGAAUAUUCGACUAGUUGUGGGAACUGUUGCAGGAAUCCAUGUCUUCUACACACACUUCUCAAGCUCCAUCUUCUGUUACCAAUGUAAUGCCUUCCUCAACCGGCUCUCAAGUUGCAUCAUCUUCUGUUUCAACGUCUUCUGCAACUACUUCUCAAACUCAGUUAAACUUUGUUUCCAGAUCAACUCCUACUCAAUAUCACGUUUUCUUGAGCUUCCGUGGUAAGGACACUCGAUUUAACUUUACCAGUCAUUUGUACCAAAGACUAGAUGAUCAUGGAAUUCGUACGUUUAUGGAUGAUCCUGAGCUACGUGGCGGAGAAGUUAUCUCAGAUGCAUUGAUCCAAGCUAUUCAUGAAUCCAUGACUUACAUUGUUGUCUUCUCCGAAAAUUAUGCGACCUCAUCUUGGUGCCUAAAUGAGCUUGUAGAAAUCCUCAAUUGUCACAAAAAAGCUGACAGAUUGAUUAUUCCUGUGUUUUACAAAAUUGAUGCAUCUGUUGUACGACACCAAAUUGGGAGUUUUAAAGAAGCUUUCGAAAAGCAUCAAGUUCGUGUGGAAAUGGAGAAAGUGAACAAGUGGAGACUUACAUUAACCGAAGCUGCAGAGUUUUCAGGAUUCUAUAUAUCUGAAACUAGGUCUGAAGCUGAUAUUAUCAACCAAAUUGUUGAUGAAAUUCUACCCAAUAUAAAUUCCAUGGAUUUAGAUGUUGCUAAAUAUCCAGUUGGGUUGGAUUCUCCUCUUAAAGUUUUAACAACAUUGCUGGACAAUGGCAGAGAAGAAGGUUUUACUAAGAUCGGUAUAUAUGGUAUGGGUGGAGUGGGCAAAACAACUCUUGCUAAAGCUCUUUUUAAUCAACUCUUGAAAACAAGAAGCUUCAAGGGUAGCUGUUUCCUAGCAAAUGUUAGGGAGGUCUCCAGGACAUUCAAAGGCAUAGAAUCUUUACAACAGCAAUUUAUUAAUAAUGUUCUUAAAAGUAAGAACAAAAUUGAGGUUGACAAUGUUGAAAAAGGAAUUAUGCUUGUAAAAGAGAGAAUUUGUUCCACAAAAGUUCUACUUCUUAUUGAUGAUGUAGACGACCCUAGACAAUAUGAAUCCUUGGUAGGAUCAUUUGCUCUUGGAAGUGUAGUUAUCACAACUACAAGGGAUCAGGAUAUACUGGAUAAAAUUGAGGUAGAACCCAAAUUUCAAUACAUGGUAAAUGAGUUGGAUGAUGCAGAUUCACUGGCACUGUUUACCCGGCAUGCAUUUCGAAAUGCUGAACAGAACAACACUUUAAUGGUAUUGUCUACAAACAUUCUACGUCAUGCUGGUGGGCUUCCUUUGGCUCUCGAGGUUUUUGGUUCGUAUUUGUAUAACAAAUCUGAGGUGGGAUGGAAAUCUUACAUUGAGAAACUUCAGCGAGUUACCGAAAACAGUAUCCAGCAAAAACUUAAAAUUAGCUUGGAUGCCAUAGAAUUGGAUGAUCCUAUGUUGAAGAAAAUUUUCCUUGACAUUGCUUGUUUUUUCACCAGAAUGGAAAAACGAAAACUUGUUAAGAUAUUGGAAACUUAUUAUCACUUUGCAGAUCAUAAGAUUGAUAUUCUACAGAAAAAAUGUUUAGUAAAGAUCAACUAUAAUGCUUACUUGGGAAUACAUGAACUGGAAAUGCAUGAUCUGCUUAGGGAUAUGGGAAGGGCAACUGUGCGCAACAUCUCUCCUGAUGAGCCUGGAAAACAGAGUAGAUUGUGGGUGUCAGAAGAUGUAUAUUAUGUACUGAAGACACACAAGGGAACAGAAUCAAUUGAAGGUAUUUUCGCUGAUAACCUUGACCACCAGCAUGCGCUUGAAGGAAAAUCAUUCAGUAUCGAAACAUUUAAAAGGAUGAGUAAAUUAAGAUUUCUUUACCUUAAGUAUGUGAAUCUUACUGGAAGCUUUGAACAGACAUUUGAAGAUUUGAGGUGGUUCUGCUGGGAGCAUUGUCCUUUUGAGUGUUUACCCUUUGAGUUUUACCCGCAAAAACUUGUAAUCCUUGAGUUGCCUUACAGCAAUAUGAAAUCAAUGUGGGAGCUAAACAUGGUUUCACAUGUUUUCGGAAAGUUAAGGACUCUAAAAAUGGCGUACUCCAAGAAUUUAAUUACAACUCCGGACUUUAGUAAAUUUCCUUAUCUUGAAACUUUAAAUUUGCAGUUCUGUGAAAGUUUGGAGGAGAUCCACAUGUCAAUUGGAAGUUUGGCAAGUCUUGUUUCCUUAGAUUUGCUUGGUUGUGUGAAGCUAAGAAGUCUUCCGGACACCAUCUGCAACUUGGGAGUAUUAGAAGUUCUAAAUUUGUAUGGUUGCACUAGUCUACGAGUAUUGCCUACAGAAUUGGGAAACAUCAAGUCCCUAACCAAUCUCAUUGCAGGAGAACUGUGUCUUACAAAAUUACCGGAGUCCAUCGGACAUCUUACCAAGCUUGUCGUGUUGGAUCUAAGAUAUAACGAGAAGCUUGAAACUCUCCCGAACACCAUAUGCAACCUGAGAUCUUUAGAAAUUCUUAAUAUUGAAAGGUGCAGUGGUCUGGAAGCUUUGCCUAUGGCAAUUGGGAACAUUGAAUCCCUAAAAAAGAUUGAGGUGAGGGACCUGACUGUUUCGAAAUUGCCAGAAUCGAUCGGAAGUCUUACUAAGCUUGUUGAGUUGGAUCUAAGCUUUAACAAGGAGCUUGAAACUCUUCCGGACACUGUUUGUAACUUAAGGUCUCUGGAUAUUCUUAAAAUUGAUGGGUGUGAAAAACUAGAAAUACUACCAGAUCAGCUGUGGAAAAUGACAAGGUUGAGGGAGCUAAGUGCAAGAUCAACUUUUAAGUUACAAAGCUUCCAGAUUGCAUCUUCAUUGCAAAAACUGGAAUUAUCCAGUAGUGGUAUCAAGGCCCUGCCAUCUUGUGUCAGUCAGCUGUCAAAUCUGAAAGAGAUAAAUGCGUAUGGUUGUUUCUCUCUGGAAAGAUUGCGUCUAUCCAAUUUGAAACACUUGGAGACAUUGAACCUUCAGUACUGCACUAAUUUGACGGAGAUUCAAGGCUUGGAAGAACUCACUGCCUUAAGACAGCUUGAUUUAGUUGGUUGUAGUGGUUUGACACAUAUUCAAGACCUGGAGAAACUCACUUCUAUCAGAUUACUUGGAUUGGAUGGUUUAAACUCUCUUGUGCCACAGAGGCAUCUCACCAAAAGAUUGUUUCAGGUGUAUUCCGAAUUUGGGCAUCGGAUAUCUGUUGUCCUAAAAGGAGUCCAUGGCUUGAAAAGUCACCUUCAGUGGCCUAAUUGGAUGAUUGAAUCGCCAUAUUGGACAAGGGCAAGUGAAUCAACAACAAUGUAUGCACAUCUGCUGCCAAAUGAGUCCCACAAUUUUAUGGGCUUUAUUAUUUGCUUUGAUAGGUAUAUCAGCGAAAGUUCUAGAUGUGAUUUUUCAGUUAAGAGUACUACAAGUGGUUUUAUAUGGAGCGAAGGCGGCCAUGGUUCUCAAUCAAAGAUGAUGGUAAUGGUGCCAAAAUCAAUGUUCUCAAUCACCGAUGAAGACCAUGGAAUUGAAUUUACAACUGACAAUUUAAGAUUUCUUGGGAUUCAUUUACUAUACAAAACCGAGACUGAGAUGAUUGACGAUGUUGAAAAACAUGAGAGUAGCUUUAAUGCGUUGAAAUUGGUUGAUCCAGUGCUACAAGAUAUUUUUCUAGAUAUUGCUUGUUUUUUCAUCGGAUGGCAUAAAAAAAAGGUCAUUCAAAUACUGGAAACUUAUUAUUCCAAUGUAGAUCGUGCUAUUGAAAUUCUCCAGAAUUGUUGUUUACUGACAAUCAAUGAUCGAGAUGAGUUGAAUAUGAUUGAUCUGCUCCUGCAUAUUGGAAGAAAAAUUGUAUGUAAUAAUGCAUAUGAUGAGCCUGGGAGACAUAGCAGAUUGUGGUUAUCAACAGAUAUAUAUGACGUUUUGAAGGAGCACAAGGGAACAGAUGCAAUUCAAGGUAUGAUUCCUCACCAGCUUGACUCCCGUGCACUUGAGGGAGAAUCUUUCACUAUGGAAAUGUUCACAAGGAUGAGUAAAUUAAGAUUUCUUUACCUCUCGAAGGUAAAUUUAGCUGGAAGCUUUGAACAAGCAUUUCAAGAGUUGAGGUGGUUCUGUUGGGUUCACUGCCCUCUUAAAUGUUUGCCUUCCGAGUUUUACCCGCAAAAACUUGUUAUUCUUGAGUUACUUCAUAGCGAAAUGAGAACCAUGUGGGAGCCGAACAUGGUUUCGCAUGUUUUUGAAAAGUUAACGACCCUAAACAUGGACUACUCUCUACAUUUAACUACAAGUCCAAACUUUACUGAAUUACCAUGUCUUGAAGUUUUAAGUCUUACGGGCUGUGAAAGCUUGGAGGAGGUCCAUAAAACCAUUGGUAGUUUAGUGAACCUUGUUUCUUUAGGUUUGAAAGGUUGUGUUAGGCUAAGAAGUCUUCCGGACACCAUUUGUAAGUUGAGAGCUCUGGAACUUCUAGAUAUUAGUGAUUGCAGUUGUUUGGAAGCACUGCCUCUGGCAUUGGGAAACAUUCAAUCACUGAGAGCACUCGAUGUGAAGAAUACAAAUGUUCCAAAAUUGCCUGAUUCGAUUGGACACUUAACUAAGCUUGUUGAGCUAAAUUUAAGGUGUAGCAGAUACCUUCAAACUCUUCCACAUACCUUCUGCGACUUGAAAGCUUUGGAAGCUCUUGAUAUUAGUGAUUGCAGUUGUUUAGAAGCAUUGCCUACUGGAUUGGGUAAUAUUCAAUCACUGAAAGAACUCAAUGCAGAAAAUUUAGCUGUUUUAGAGUUACCAGAUUCGGUUGGAGGCCUUAGUAAGCUUGUUUGGCUGAGAUUAAGUGGUAACAAGAACCUUGAAACUCUACCAGACACCAUUUGCAACCUGAGAUCAUUGGAAAUUCUUGAUAUCUCUGGAUGUGAAAAACUAGAAAUAUUACCGGAUCAACUAUGUAUGAUUACAAGUUUAAGGGAACUAAUUGCAGGUGGCGCUACUCUUUUAAAAAGAUUUCCUUAUGUUGCAAGUCAGAUCACAUUAUCACUGCAAAAGUUGGAUUUUUCUGAGUGGGGUCUUACUGCACUGCCAUCCAGUAUUAGCAAGCUUCCAAACCUAGAAAAUUUGAAUCUUAAAGAUUGUCGUUGUCUGUUGUCCAUUGCAGAGCUUCCUCUUAAUUUGAAAUGGAUAAGGGCAGAUGGUUGCACGUCUAUGGAAAGAUUACCAAAUCUAUCCAACUUGAAACAAUUGGAGUACUUAAACCUUGAAGAUUGUAGUGGUUUGACUGAAAUCCAAGGCUUGAAGGAACUGACUUCUAUUACAAGACUUCAUUUGGAAGGGUGCAACUCCUCUCUUCUGUCAUACAUUCUUACAGAGAAUUUCUUUCAGAUGUAUUCUCAAUUUGGGAACCCAAUUCAAAUUUAUGCUCCCUUUCCGGACUGGAUUAGUCUAUCAAGUGAAUGUCUGUCAACAAUGUGGUUAGACGUGGCAUCAUAUGUGUCUCACCAUUUCUCAGGGAUGAUUCUUUGCUUCGAUUCCUCGAAUCUCUCAGAUGGUUUUCUUGUUAGAAGUUUUCCAAGUAAUUAUAUGUGGAGCGGGAGGUUAGAUGCUUAUAGCAAGAAAUCAAUAAUGGUCAUAGUACCAAAUUCAAUAUUUUCUGUCCAAGGUGUUGAUGACAAAAUUCUGUUAAUGACAAAAGAUGCAAUAAUUCAUGGGAUUCAUCAUCUACCGUGCAAAACUGAAGAGUGCAGCCGCACCAGUCAAUGUAGAUUACAACAUUCUGAUAGUGACUAGAGCUAAUCAUUCUCUCCCACGAAAUGUUGAAAGAAAAGUGCUUUGUUUGAUCUACAUGAAUGCAAAAACAGUUUCCGUGAUUGAAUCCCUCAAAAGUGCUCAGUAGGGGUAAACUUGGAGCGUUUGACUUAUCAUCAAAGAACCCAAUUUACCGGAAUCGGAACCUUCUGUUUGCCAGCUAAAGAAACAGCAAAGCUAGCAGGGUACUACAUAAAGCAUGGUUUGAAUGUUGGAUCCCGCUUCACGUAUUUCCAUAUUUGGGAAUUUGAUGUCACAGACAAAUAUUCAAACUUCAAAAAGAGGCAGUCGCAUGACUUGCUCCUACCGAAUGUGCUCCUUACCAGCUGUGGUAGUAUCAUGUUUGGUACAAAAAGUGUGUCCUAAUGGUAUCUGACAUGAUAAAGUAGUUCACUUGCGCUUUGAGAUAAGUGGUUCAGGAAUUCAAUCAUGAGCUCGUGCAUGACAUUGAUACCGUAUUAUUUUCUAUGAUUGAAGGUUUCAUGCACAUGAUAAAUCAUGAUCGCUUUGGUGAAUUUGUCAUCUGAUUCCUGUGUAUCAUUCUAUUGUAUGAAUGUUAAGUAGCACCAAAUCACUAUACAAAGUAUUUUGUGGCUUUGAUGUCAGAGCCAAAUACUUAAGUGCAUGAUGUCUCAAAUGAUUCUGAUGCAAUCCUUUUUACCAUAUCUGGUGGGACCACUUCUAUUCAGUGGAUUCUGGAAAAUUACAAUGUCUGUUCUAGCAUGUGGAGGAUAAUCAUAUGAUCAAAUGAGGAUUUUUAUUUUUGUGCAUGUUAUUGAGAGAUGGAUUUUGGUCUGUAAAUGUUGUUCAGUACUUAAGUUGCUAGGAUUAGCACCAGCAUCAGCACAAGGACUAGAGCAGACACAUUGUUCUUUAUAUCGAGAGAUGUUAUUUUUGUGUGUUAUCGAGAGAUGGAUUUUUGGGUACUUUGAUAUAUACAAAAACACAUUGUUCACUUUGUAAAGUUUCUAAUUUUUAGCUAA